AUGGCUCCAGACAUGGGCGACCCGGACUUGCAGACUUCUUGCAGGCGGUUUCUGGAGACAUUCGCCAACAAGAUCGACAGUUUCACUGUAGAAGAAUGUGAGACACCUUUCAGAUUGGUUACCUAUCAGUUAGUGCCCUCCGAAGUUGAAGGAGAAUGCUUGGAGUGGACACGGCGGUAUCUCACUUUAAAUGACUGUCCCGCUGGCCUGGUGUCUCAGCUGUCUAGAGCCGUGUACAAGAGGUUUGAGGAUUCGUUGAACUUGUCCCAGUUCUACCUGGAGCCAGAUGACAAACACAGCAAAAGUGACGAAGAUGAUGAUGCAGAUCCUGUGGAUGACAAUCGCAGUCAGAGCAGCUCAGAAGAGGGUGAUGUUGACCAUUCUGGUCCCCCACAACUUGAUGCCUGCAGACUGCUGCAGGAAGUGGUCUGCUGCAUCCACAGCACCGUGAAAUCCUGGAAUACAAGUCCACCCCUGUUGGUCACCCAGCCCAGCACUCUACAAGUGUACUCCCACGCCAUCAAGAACACACGCCGCAAGAUGGAGGAUCGCCAUGUCCUGAUACCAGAUCUCAACGUCCUGUAUGAUCUAAAGGACAGUCCCAAACAGUCUUACUUUGCAGUAUUUGAUGGUCAUGGUGGCCUAGAGGCAGCAGAGUACGCAGCAACCCACCUCCAUGGACACUUGGUCAGUGACCAGCGGUUCCACACUGACCCUGAGGCAGCAAUGACACAGGCAUACAAAACCACAGACAUCAAGUUUUUGGAGAAGGCAAAACGAGAGGGCUUGAGAAGUGGAACAACAGGAGUGUCUGUGCUUAUCCGAGAAUCCGAGAUGUAUUUGGGGUGGCUGGGCGACUCCCAAGCACUGCUGGUCUGUUCGGGUCAGCCGGUGCAGAUAAUGACCCCACACAAACCGGAGAGAGAGGAUGAGCGAAGGAGGAUAGAAGAUCUUGGUGGCUGUGUGCUGUUUUUGGGCGUUUGGAGGGUCAACGGCAAUAUUUCUGUUUCCAGGGCAAUAGGUGAUGCCCCAUUUAAACCCUACGUCUCCAGCGAUGCUGAUGCCAUCAGGAUUCCUUUGACUGGAGAGGAGGAGUACCUGGUCCUAGCCUGUGAUGGCCUGUGGGAUGUCCUAACACCGUCUCAGGUAACCAACAUUGUUUACAAACAUUCCAAAUCAUCUUCUGGAGGCACCCGUAAUGUUGCUGUUGAACUGGUCAGUGCCGCUCGGGAUUCAGGAUCGUCUGACAACAUCUCCGUCGUUGUAGUCCUGUUCAAGUCCUCAUUGUGUGCCCCAAAAGCAGCAAGUGCUGGCAGUGUUGUGUUUGGGCUUAGCAAUGUGUCUUAG